AUGAGGAGGGUGGACGAAUUCAAAACCAGGCUUGACAAUGCGACAACUUCGAAGAAAUCCUCAUUAGCCGAAAUCUCAAAAACCAAUGGAGCAAUGAUAUCACUACUUCCAUUCCAUCCCAAAUCGAUAGCUGCUAUCAAAUCGAAAGAGGAGCCUACUCAGGAGUUCGAAAAAGCAUAUGACAGAUUCCGUUUGCACCUUCUUGCUUCCCUGAAUGGUCAAAAUCGAAUGAUUAAACAUGAACUAUGUAGCACUUUAAAGCUUCUCGAAAGUGUAAUUCGACUCAUAGGUGAAUCCUCGGUCCACUAUCGUACUUUAAUGGCCGUGAAUAUCUUUAAAAACGUAAAACAUGAGGUUUCCGAUGGAGAACGUGAUCAAGCGAAGGUUGGAUUAUUUCUUUCUCCAGACAGUUACACCGAAGACACUGUGAAAUUUGUGGCGGAGGUUGUUGCUCAAAUUCGGACUAUCGUUGGCAUGAAGCAGCUGCAUGAAGCAAUAGCCGUUUCAUGGAACAUCGCAAGAUCCAGUAAAGUGAUGUUGCCUGAUUCCAUUGCUUUAGGGGCCGUCGAACCAUUUAACAGAGAGAAACCGUCGGAGGUCGCAGCGAGUGUGAUCAACCGUACUCUUGCUACACUUCAUCUGUCUUCGGUGCCUCACUUGGCUACUGGAGAAACUUUUCGGGCUUAUUUCCCUGAUGAAAUACAAUGGAAUGGAGAUGAUGUUGAGCAGAACGUUGAAACCGUUUCUCCUAUUCGUGAAGCACUGUUAGAAGAACCAACUUUGGAGACGGAGCUUCCAUGCUCUUCAUCGAAAGGAUCUCACUUGAAUUGUGUUGAUGUUAUCAGCGCCUUGAAGACCUUUUUCCCCGAAAAUUUUGAAACCUUAUCGAAACAUCUGUUCGAUUUGCUCGCUUCAGAUAGGACAAGUGAAGAGCUUCAAGGAGAGUUGAUUGACCUCGUUGGUUUCGAUCAUUUCGAAAUGGUGGGGCAAAUUUUGGAGUCUCGUCAACAAAUUAUCGGCGAAAUGAACACUGCGCGGCAUGAGGCGAUGAACUUGUCAAGUUUUGCUCCCGAGAAGGUUUGA